AUGCAUCUCAUAGAUAUGGCUGUUUUCGUUAUGAUAGUGCUUAGCUUAGUUGGAACUUUGUUUUUCUUAAGAGAUCAUGCUCCUGGAAAAUAAAAUUCAAAAGUUGGAUUAGGCUGCUCUAGCUUAUUUAUAUUGUAUAUCCUUACGAAAACAAUAAGUUAGUCAAAUUGUAUUGAGUAUCUUAUUCUAUGUAGUCGUUAUCAUAGGAUUAACUCUACUUAUGUUAGGGAAGUUUUAUUACACCGCAAAAAAUUCCCUCUAAUUGUAUUUCAAUAACCAAAGACUCAAUUCAGAGGUCUCGGAGCAUGGAAUCAAAGGGAAUGAACCAGAUCACGAAUUACCAGGUUACCUGCCACCAAUUAUGUCUGAGAAUGAAUCAAGAUGCUCUAGUUAAUAGAGCUAGCAAGAGCAUAACAAACCUAUUAGAAGCAAAUAAGGAUAAUCUUUAUAAUUUGGGAGAUAAUAAUAGUAGAAAGAUAUUCAGAAAAUUGGCUUAUAGCUCAGUUUUUUAGGAGACUUUAAACAAUCAAACUUCUAGAAAAGCUAACUUGGACUGAACUCAAUUAAACAAAGCUAUAUGCAAGUUCAUCCUAUUAAUUGUAGUGUUUAUUUUAGUAUAUUAGAAACUGUAAAUUUGGUGAGGUACUCGGAAGAUGGCGAAAGCAAAAUAGGAAUUCUGAAAACCAUAAAAUCUAUUACAUAUGAUUUGGCUGAAAAAGAAUUAGAGUAGUUACAAAAAGAACCUGUAAUUUCAAAAGCCGACUAUCCAAAAAUUUAGAUUUUAUAUGAGAGUAGUUAACCUGAAAUUCAAAGUUAUAACAAUGAAUUGUAAAGUAGACAAAGCAAAUAAAGCAACAACAAUUUACUUUAACAAUAAGCUCCUUUUAAGGAUGUCAAAACAGAAUAAUCAAUAAUGCCAUAUCAAUAAAAACCUGUUUUCCAGAAAAAAAUUAGUUGGAUCAAAAUAUUAAAGCAGUUAAUAAUUUUGAUGGUCUUUUCUCUUAGUGUUGCUCAAUUUCACCAAUAAGAGCUGAAGUCUCAUAUUUCAAUGAUCAUCUAUAUACUCGGAUAUACUUUUUAUUAGAUGUCACUUUUUUCAUUAUUUGUUGCAGAAGGACUGGAAAUUACUACUCAAUUAAGGGAGAUUAUUGCAUGGUCAUUAUUAAUAUUAUUGCCAACCUCAAUAUCAAUAUUAAUUAUACAUUUUCAAAUAGAUUGUUUUCAAUUUAUGGCUUGGUUAUCUAUCUUAAUUGCAAGCUAAAAAAUAAAAUAUGCAUCAAGGUAUCUAUUUAGAUAUAUCAUCAUAGAAAUCCUGCUCUCUUCAACCCAUUUAUAAUUAUAUUAUGUUUAAGUGCAUUAUUUUGCUGA